AUGUACAAUGGAGUGCUAAUCAAUGGUGCCACGUAUUAUACAUCACCCGGUAAUACAUAUGCGACGACACCUUAUUUUGGUCUUGGUCAAUCUCUUUACCUGCAAUCAUCAUUGAAUCAAUCUGUUAUCAUUAAUAGUACAUUCUUUAAUUUUUCAUACACGAGUUUUACAGUUGAAGCGUGGAUUUAUCCAACUACAUUAAGUGGUGACAAUGAUAUCCUUGGACAAUGUCAAAAUAGUCUUGGCACAAACCUUUGCUUAUACUUGAUCUUACGUGGAGGUCGGAUGUUUAUGGGCUUCGCACCCAAUUAUCUGUCAGGUGUAACGGUGUUGUCUGCCAAUACAUGGCAUCAUGUUGCCUACGUUUACAAUUAUCAAACACAACAACAAAUUCUUUACUUGAACGGUGUUCAAGAUGCCACACAAUCAAGCGUGUCACCUUACCAAGGUCAGAACGGAUCGAUAACUAUUGGAACGUCGUCAAUCUUAUCCACAUCUAAUUUCUUCAAUGGCUACAUUGAUAAUGUUGCUGUUACGACGAGAGCAAAAUCUGCAACAGAAAUUCUCAACGAUGGAACUCUGAGUUUCUAUUUCUCUUUUGAUAAUCCAUCCCCAUCGUUGGACAAUGGUCCAAAUGGUCUCAACUGUACAAUUUCAAAUGGAGCCACGGUUAGUGGUAGAGUAAAUCAGGCUAUACGAUUAAAUGGCGCUACAUCAUAUGUUCAAUUGUAUGGCUUUUAUCAAUGGGGUUUUAUCGCUGCAAAACCAUUUUCAUUCGCCAUGUGGAUCAAUCCAAUUUCCACUUAUGGUGGUACACUAUUACAUUUCUCAAGUUCAAAUACCGGCGGUAGUUGUCUUUCUCUUAUGGGCAUAACUAUAGGUGGUCAAAUAAUAGUUCAGGCAUGGUAUAGCAAUUAUCCAUCUAUAGUUGGGCCACAGUUAUCGACUAACACUUGGACACACAUCGGCUUUACCUAUUCGACAACAAAUGGUAUGAUACUCUACUACAAUGGUGUAGCGUAUCUGUCUUUAGCUGUGCCUAGUUUUUAUAAUAAUGGUUACAUACAGUAUUUAAAUUUUGGUUCCAACCUUGCUUGUUGUGGAUGUUCUAAUGUGCCUAAUUAUCUUUUUCAAGGAUCACUAGACGAGUUGUAUGUUUAUAGACGAGAAAUUAGUGCGUCAGAAAUGUCAACACUGGCACAAUAA